AUGCAUUCUCCAUUUAAUUUUGUAUCUUGUAAUAUUCUUAUAGCUUCAUUUGCUACCGACUCAACCAGAACCAGAUUUAUAUCUGCCAUGACUUUAUUCCCCAUAUCUGUUUCUUUGACUAAUCCGGGCAUCAAUGCAUUGAUUCUAAUUUUCCCUCUUAAUUCUUUUGAUAGACUUUUAGUAAAUCCUAAUAAGCCAGCCUUAGAUGCAGCAUACACCGAAGUCCCUGGUAUAAAAUGUUCAGUCAUUGAUAAUACUGAAGAAAUAUUUAAUAUUGUUGGAUCAGACCCUUUUUGGCGAAGCAUAUUCUUCACCACCAUUUGA